GAUUACACAGAUUUUCAUUUUCCAUAGGGAAUGUGAAGAUUGUGAGCUGAAGUAAAACAUUGGCAGAAAUCUCUUGAGAAUUUUGCCUUUUCUUCUUCUCUUUGAAGUAUUAUGUUUACAAGAAAUUGAUACCAUCGAGUGACACUUUUUGGAAAUAAUUUAAAAGAAAAAAAGAGUAAAGCUGUAUUUAUGCUCAGAGAAAACUGGAUCAACAAUGAGGCCAAAGACUUUUCCUGCUACGACAUAUUCUGGAAACAGCAGACAAAGGUUGCAAGAGAUUCGAGAAGGUUUAAAGCAGCCAUCCAAGUCUUCAGGUCAGGGACUGCCAAUUGGAGCAGGCAGUGAAAAUUCUCUGGACCCUAAGAUUUUAAUAGGGAAGGAUGCUGCAAGGCAGCAGCAGAUGAGACAAACGCCCAAGUUUGGACCAUAUCAGAAAGCUCUGCGAGAAAUCAGAUAUUCUCUGCUGCCCUUUGCUAAUGAGUCAAGCACCACAGCAGCCGUGGAAGUCAACAGGCAGAUGCUCCAGGAGCUGGUGAAUGCAGGUUGUGAUCAGGAGAUGGCUAUCCGAGCACUGAAGCAGACAGGGAGCAGAAGUAUUGAGGCAGCCCUGGAGUACAUCAGUAAGAUGAGCUACCUGGAUCCUAGAAAUGAGCAGAUAGUGCGUGUAAUUAAGCAAACCUCACCAGGAAAGGGUAUUGUGCCAAAUAAUGUAACCCGCAGGCCAAGCUUUGAAGGAUCAAAUGAAUCUUUUCCGUCCUACCAUCAGAUCAGUAAUGCAGCCUAUGAAGGGACAGGCUUUGGAGCAGAAGGUGCAAAUAUGCUUACUGAGGUUCCAAGGCCAUACAUGGACUAUUUAAUCUCCACUUCUCAGUCUUCAGCUAUGACUGCUCCUGUACAGCGACCCUCUGGAGUAGGCACUCACAGCACACCAACGAGCCAUCAGCAGAAAGCAUACCCUGCAAAUUUGGAGUCUUCUGUGAUUAAUUAUCCAGUGACUAAUCACAGCAGCCAGGCCCUGCAGCUGCAGGCGUCCCACGGCUGCAACAGCCAACAUUACAGCAGGCAGCACAUGAUGGUGCAGGGGGAACCUAUGGGAUAUGGUGUUCAGCGGAGUCCGUCCUUCCAAAACAAGAUGCAGCAGGAGGGGGGAUAUGCCAAUCUCCCAAAUAAAGGGGCAGUUGUUCAGAACAAUACUGGUCAUGCAUUUCAACAGGCACCAGCAAGCCUGUAUAUCUCACAUUCUCAUCACAAACAGACAAGUCCUUCUUCUCAUCAAAUGCAUGUGAUAUCCAGAGGUCCACCCUUUGCUAAUGAUUUUUCAGACAGCCCACCACAAAAUCUAUUAACUCCAUCUAGAAAUAGCCUAAACAUGGACCUCUAUGACAUGAAUAAUCCUCAAGUUCAGCAGUGGCAGGCAGCAACACCAUCACGCAGAGAUUCUUUACAAAAUCCAGGAAUAGAAACAUCUCCACGGCAACAUGUAUCCUUCAGACCUGAAGCCACAGUGCCGAGCAGAACAAACUCCUUCAACAGUCACCAGCAACAGCCACAAGUGACAGUGUCUAUGAGACAGGUUCCUCCAGGGAAAGCAGAUCCUUCCAUUACGUCUCCAAACACGAUCACGGCAGUCACGUCUGCUCAUAUCCUCCAGCCAGUGAAGAGCAUGCGAGUGAUGAGACCAGAGCCUCAGACUGCAGUGGGACCUUCCCAUCCUGGGUGGUUGCCUGCACAGGCACCAGCUGUGGAUGGCUUGGAGAUGAUGGAGCAGCAUGUGCCACCACCUGGAGCAGCUAAUGCCUACCAGCUAGAUGUGGAUUACGGUAACCAGGAACUGCGGUGUCCACCCCCUCCCUAUCCCAAGCACUUGUUACUUCCUGGCACCUCUGAGCAGUUUGAUAUCAACUGCUUGUGCAUGGGCGUGGAGCAGACUCUGCGUGUGGUCCCCAGUUCAACAAGCAACAAGGCUGAGGAGAGCAGUGAGCGAAAUGAUAAAAGCAGCAAGAGCACUAAAACUGAAAAACCAAGCAAAGAUAAAAAGCAGAUUCAGACAUCUCCGGUGCCUGUGCGAAAAAAUGGCAAAGAUGAGGAAAAGAGAGAAUCCCGGAUAAAGAGCUACUCACCUUUUGCCUUCAAGUUCUACAUGGAACAACACGUAGAAAAUGUCAUAAAGACCUAUCAGCAGAAAAUUAACAGAAGGUUACAGCUGGAGCAAGAAAUGGCAAAAGCAGGUCUCUGUGAAGCAGAACAGGAACAAAUGAGGAAAAUUCUCUACCAGAAGGAGUCCAAUUACAACAGACUUAAAAGGGCCAAAAUGGACAAAUCCAUGUUUGUGAAAAUCAAGACUCUGGGUAUUGGUGCGUUUGGAGAAGUGUGCCUGGCCUGCAAAGUGGACACCCAUGCCCUGUAUGCCAUGAAGACUCUGCGAAAGAAAGAUGUGCUGAACCGGAAUCAGGUGGCUCAUGUCAAGGCAGAGAGGGACAUACUUGCUGAGGCAGACAAUGAGUGGGUGGUUAAACUCUACUAUUCCUUCCAAGAUAAAGACAAUCUGUACUUUGUGAUGGACUACAUCCCUGGUGGGGAUAUGAUGAGCCUGCUGAUUCGGAUGGAGGUCUUCCCAGAGCGUCUGGCUAGAUUUUAUAUUGCAGAGCUCACCUUGGCCAUAGAGAGUGUGCACAAAAUGGGAUUUAUUCAUCGAGACAUCAAGCCUGACAACAUUCUGAUAGACCUUGAUGGGCAUAUCAAACUGACUGACUUUGGACUGUGUACUGGAUUCAGGUGGACUCACAAUUCAAAAUACUAUCAGAAAGGGAGCCAUAUCAGACAAGACAGCAUGGAACCCAGUGAUCUUUGGGAUGAUGUGUCCAACUGUCGAUGUGGAGACAGGCUGAAGACAUUGGAACAAAGAGCUAAGAAGCAGCACCAGAGAUGUCUGGCCCACUCGUUAGUUGGAACCCCUAAUUACAUUGCUCCUGAAGUCCUGCUUCGUAAAGGAUACACUCAGCUCUGUGACUGGUGGAGUGUUGGUGUGAUCCUCUUUGAGAUGUUGGUGGGACAGCCUCCUUUCCUGGCUCCUACACCCACAGAAACUCAGCUGAAGGUGAUAAAUUGGGAAAGUACACUGCACAUUCCCUCACAGAUUAAGCUGAGCCCUGAAGCAACUGAUCUGAUCACAAAGCUCUGCUGUGCUGCUGAGGACAGGCUUGGAAGAAAUGGAGCAGAUGAUAUUAAAGCCCAUUCUUUCUUUCACUCUAUGGACUUCUCUACUGAUAUCCGUAGGCAGCCAGCUCCCUAUGUUCCAAAGAUCAGCCAUCCAAUGGACACUUCAAAUUUUGAUCCAGUUGAAGAAGAAAGUCCUUGGAAUGAUGCCAGUGGUGACAGCACCAGGACCUGGGAUCCACUAGCCUCUUCCAACAGCAAACACACAGAACAUGCUUUUUAUGAAUUUACUUUCCGAAGAUUCUUUGAUGACAAUGGGUAUCCAUUCAGGUAUCCCAAACCUUCUGGAAUGGAAGUUUGCCAGUCUGAGAAGUCUGAUGUAGAAGACAAAGGUGUGGUGGAUCAGACUGGAGCUUGUCAGCCUGUAUAUGUGUAAAUUAUUGUAUAGAGUACUCCAGGUAAGACUAAUCUCAAAUCCAAUAGGGCCUUUAACUGAUCCUUUAGGAGCUGAUCCUGCAGCAUUUGUUCAGGUGUACCUUCAGCUGUGGCUGGAGACAUCCUGGGGAAUAAAAGAAGCUUGCAGGGGCAGGUCCUAAAGAUGGCACUCUUGAAAGUUCAGGUCAGUUCUACUGUAAAUAACUUUGUUGAUAAUUACACUUGAAAUCCUGGUCUUCACCAAAAUCUGCAAGGCCAGCAGUCUGUCAUUUCUAGGCCUAUUUUUAUUUGAGGUCAGCAUCCCCCUUACUCAGAUUAACACUUACAGACUUCUGCAACUGUCAGCGUUAUUUUUUAAAUGAAUAAAGAGCACUUAUAUUUUGUUUAUAGCAGGGUUUUUUUCCUACUAAAUUAUAGGGAUUAACUUUGACAAAUCAUGCUGCUGUUCUUCUUUUCUACAUUUUUAUUUUAUCCAUAGCACUUACUUCACAUUUAGGAAGAUGCAUAAAGCUGAAGAACAUGUGAUGAAAGGUCUCUGUGCAAUAAUGUAAGAAAGAAAAAAAAAAGAAGAAAAAUGAAAAAAAGAAAACUGCUCUCUAAUUUUCUAAAUUUACUGAUGCCAUUGUAUUCACACCGUGAUUUUUGUUUAUUAUAUGUAUUUUCCACAUUUCAAAAUUGUGACAUAACCUUAAAGCUGCUUUAUUUCCUUCUGCUUGUUGGAGUGUAAUAGGAAGUGUGAGCAAGUGGCAACUUGGGUGUGAUUUCAUUGUCUAGUGUGUGAAGAAUGUUGCAUGAGCAGUGGUUUUCUAUUUGAAAUGGCCUUUUCUUGCCAUUCACAGGCAGGUCCUGUGGAUUCAUUUUUCUAAGGGUCUAAAAUUAGACCAUUUUAAACCGUGUGUUGAUAAUGUAUUGUGUGGAUGGUUUCCUCUUAUGAUUGUAUCCAAUAUUAAUUUUGUAAAACAGAUUGCAAAGGUUAUACCUGAGUAGUGAUGUUGUGGUCUGAUGUAAUAGAUGAUUUUAGCAAGCACACGUCACAGGCACACGUUUCCCCAGUGAGGAUGAGCAGCCAGAGCAUUGCAACGGAGCAGGUUUGUGGGGAGA